AUGUUGAGUGUACCAAACGAGAUUCCAACGUUCGAAGCUGAUUCGGAUAAACUAGAAAAUAUAUCAAGUUUUUUGUACCUGCACGAACACGUUCUGAAAGAAUAUGGUGGAUUGAAAAUUCAGCUGAACGAAAACUGUCAACUAGCUUUGAAAAAGCGUCUUUUACACCCAUUAUCACUACAAGUACAAAGAGUGCAGCAAAAUGUCAAGGACUACGGAGUAUAUUCAAUCCAAAGUGAAGUGGGAUACCAACAACCCAACUCAGAUGGUCUUCACAUUGAAAACGAAACUAACUUCUGGUCUUAUCUCUCAAAUGGCAAUGAAAAAAGAACUUUACAAUCAAAUAUCUCCAUCAUUCGAAAUAAAAGCUUAUUUUAUAAAAAAUGGAAUAAGAAAUACUUCUCCAUCCACCGAGUGUUGCAGCAAUGUUUAUUAAAAUUAGCCGGAAAGAGAUUUAUCGACAACAUGCAUUCGAACUUACUUUAUACAGAUGGAAACUGCGCGAUAUUUCCAUUAGAAACUCAUCCAAAUAAACUUUCAACGAUGAUUUAUCACCAUCAAGGCGGACCGAGAUAUUGGUACAUAAUUCCUUCAUCGCAAGAACAUCUAUUACAAAGAUACUUUCUAUCCAACAAAUGUGUCUAUCAUCAACAGCACUUAAUCGAUCCAAAUGUAUUGGAUCGAUUUAACAUUCGUUAUCAUCGAAUCGUUCAACAGUCGAAUGAAAUUAUUGUCUUAGCAUCGGGCAGUUAUCACGAAAGUUUCUCGUUAGGAGGUUUAUUAAAUGAAUCGAUUGAUUUUGCGUUACCACACUGGAUUAAUGAUGAUCAUAUUUUGAAUCAAUAUGAUUCAUGUCAAUGUCCAGCUGAACAAACAAAAUUUGAUCAAAGAAUUCCUUCGUAUUUGUUUGAUAAAAAUGACGUGAAAAGAUGUAUUGAGAGAUAUUUGCAAGAAUUUUCGCAAAAAGGUUUGUGCUUUGAUUAUUACAAUGAUAGUGGAAUUGAUUUUAUUGAUUUAGGUGAAAAAAAUUCCUCAAUGGAAAAGAAGCGAUCAUCUGAAUGUCCAGAAGAAAGCCCGACUUUAUUUUUCAAUCAGAAUUUUCAAGUUCAAAACAUCGAGGAGGAGAAAGAUUUCGAUAGAAUAAAUACCUUCUCAAAUAUCCCAAUUAAUAACUAUGAAUAUCUAUCAGACUAUGAAAAUCUAUUAACAAAUGAAUGUGUACAACCAUCAUCAUUGUUAAGUAGAACAAUAAGGAAUUCGUAUGAGGAAUUGGAUUCAAUCGACGACCUUUUCAAUGUUAUUUUGAAUGAUUCAUCAACGGAUACUGAGCAGCAGAAUUUACUUACGAACACUGAUGAAAAACACGAUCGAAAAAUCAGCAAAGCAGACUUGGGCUUCCUAAAACAUUCAAAUUGCUAUCGAACAUUACUUUUAUGUAAUAUAUCUUUGGAUAUCACUAAAAAUCAUCUGUAUAAACACUUUCCUGCAGCAGUCAAAAUCACCAUCAAACCAUGUCAAACAUCUUCAUCAACAAAUUAUGCGAUUAUUCGAUACAAAAAAGCCAAAGAUGCAAAGAGAGAUUUUCUUUCCCCACCUAACUUAGCAUCGUUUGGUUCGAAAUGUUCACUGACAUACGAAAACGAAUUUGCGUUCGGCGUAAGUGUAGAUCAAACAUACAAUGACCGGAAAAUCGUUGUUCAAAACAUUCCACAAUAUGUCACAGAGACCGAUUUCCAGAAUUUGUUUCCCAACUGUGUCGUAUCUCGUUAUUGUCCUGCAAAAACAAUCAUUCGACCAGAUAAUUCCAUAAAGAAACACUUCACGGGAUAUGCUUUUCUUCUCUGUGAUACAAUUGAAGACAGAAUAAACAUUAUGAAAAAUCCUGAGCAAUACAAACUCGAUGGACAACCAUUGAAGAUUUCUUUGUAUAGAGAAAAAGGUGUAAUUUCCAGUGAGGGAUGUUCAUAA